GAUAAAAAUCGAGAAAAUCAACGAAAAGGAUCCUAAAAAAACGACGGAAUAGGAAAAAGAUGCCAAAAAUCAGAUAUUUCGUCCCGACGCAACUUCGCCGGCUUCGACGAGGAAUCCUGCAACGAGGGACACGAUUAUGAGCUGUUAAAGAGUGUCGCCGGCACCGACUCCGAACGAGAAAAGCUCCGACGACCGCAAACGAGAGCCGAAGGAAUCCGGAAAGCGAAGAAAAUGGAUCGAUAAAAUCGCUUACUGGAGGAAGACAAAAGGAAGAAAAGCGGAAACGAGUCAAUUGCCGAUGACACCAGAGGACGAUUCAUCGAAAUCAUCAAAAGAUGAAAUAAAUUAUUUUGUUUUUUUUUUCGAUUUAAAAUAA